GCCGUUGCGAUCACGUCGAACGUUCGCUCGCCGACCGCCGCCGCCGUUCGCCGCCCCCGGCUCGACGCCGUUCGCGCCGCGCGUCCGCCGCUCGCUGUGAAAUUGUUUAAUCACACGUGAAAUCGGAAUGAACUCGCAUCGAUAAAAAAAUCUCUUCUCCUCGUCGAACAACAAAUAUAAAAACUUACAAAACAAAAAUAAAAAUAAAAAAUAAAGCAAAACAAUUCACGAUACACACUCGUAUGUAUAAAUGUUCAUCGUUCCCAGAAAAAACAUUCAAAGCUUGGAAUUGCCAACGAAUGCAAUUGUUUCAUCACAUGCAUCACAAUCGUUAAACAAUGAUCCAUCGCGUUUUUCAUACGUUUAAAGCAAAAGGUGUUAAGAUCAAAUCUUGAAAGAUCAAGUAUAUCCUUUAAGGACGACAAUGCUGUGGUACGGAGGACUCGCGUGGAUCGUCUUGCAAACACUUCUCUACACAUCCGAAACUAGUGCAGUCAGUUGGGAAGAAUGGUGGACUUAUGACGGCAUUUCCGGUCCCGGCUUCUGGGGGCUGAUCAACCCCGAGUGGUCGCUGUGCAACAAAGGCCGGCGACAGUCGCCGGUUAAUCUCGAGCCCAAUAAACUGCUCUUCGAUCCGAACCUUCGACCCUUGCACAUCGACAAACAUCGGGUGAGCGGGACAAUAAUGAACACUGGUCACAGUGUGAUUUUCACAGUUGAAAAUGACACGAGACAUCAUAUCAAUGUGACGGGAGGACCAUUAUCCUACAAGUAUCAAUUCCACGAGAUCCACAUACACUACGGUCUUCACGAUCAAUUUGGAUCGGAGCAUUCCAUCAACGGAUACGCGUUUCCUGCCGAGAUCCAGAUUUUCGGCUUCAACUCACAGCUGUAUUCGAAUUUCUCGGAGGCGCUGCACAAAGCUCAGGGGAUCGUCGUCAUUUCCCUCCUGCUGCAGUUGGGUGACUUGUCCAAUCCAGAGCUGAGGAUAUUGACAGAACAACUAGAUAAAAUUAAAUAUGGUGGUGACGAGAUGGAAAUAAAAAGACUUUCCGUAAGAGGUUUACUUCCCGAAACGGACUACUACAUGACAUACGACGGCUCGACGACAAUGCCGGCGUGCUACGAGACGGUCACGUGGCUGAUCCUCAACAAGCCAAUUUACAUCACCAAGCAACAGAUGCUAGGACUGAGGAGACUGAUGCAGGGCGACGCCAAGCAUCCGAAAGCGCCGCUGGGCAACAACUUCCGGCCGCCGCAGCCACUCCACCAUCGGCCCGUGCGGACCAACAUCGACUUCAACGUCAAACAUCACGGCGAGACUGGAAAAGUAUGUCCGAGUAUGUACAGAGAUGUCCACUACAAGGCAAACAGCUGGAAGCAGCACUGAGGUAGAUUUCAAGAAUUUUAAGAAUAUUUCAGGACAUACAGGACUUUCAGGACCUACAGCAUCAACAGAAUUAGCCAUAUCAUCAAACGUGUAAAAUAUAUCAAAAUAACAUUAUUAAAUUAACCUAACCUAACGCAAAACUAACCUAAAAAAACUAAAUCUACAAAACAAAACAAACAAAAACGUCAUAAAAACACAAAAAUUAAAACAUAUCAUAGUCGAGAUGAAAUGGCCACACUGUCAUCGUUAUAUAUCAUGUAAAAUAACCUAUCAUGUAAAGUAUCCCUUAAUAUAAAUAAAAACAUACUGUUAAUUGUAAUAAACUAAUUUUAAGGCAUACCAAACAAGAUAUAAAACUAAAUAAAACAAAAACACAGUGAAAACUAACAGAAAAAAUGACUGAAUCUUCAAAACAAACAAAAACAAUACAACAAAAGAAGAAACAAUUGAAAUCAUAAACUAAACGUAGUGAUUUUGUGUUAAUUAAUGAGAAAUAUAAACAAACGAGCUGAAAAUGGUGAUGCUUUAUUCCUUAGAUGAACAUUACACAUUACGCUACUAGCCACUGGUAUGAAUUAUCAAGUUUUGACGUCAUGACAAAUGUUAAAAAAUGUUAAAUAACGCAAUGAAUGAACGAGAAACUAAGAGAACAAGAGCAAAUCAAUUUGUAGAUAUAUACAUUACGUGCGUGAAGAGAAAAAUUGUAUAAAUAUAAAUCAUCAAACAAUUGUGACAAACAAACAUAUUGUAAUAAUAAUCCUUGUAAUCCUUUGCAAGACCGAAGGAAUUUAUUGUUUAGUUUAGUGAAACGUUAAUUUUUCAUGAAACUGUUUCUAUUGGUUUUGGUAAAUUUGUUAAUACUUAAAUGAAUUAGGAUAAGAAUGUAACUGAAUGAUUUCCAAUGUAAAUAUCAACGUGAACAAUGUCGAGAUAUUGAUGAUUAUGAUUAGGAUAAGUAAAUAAACAACUUGAUGAUGAUCCAGGAAACGACGAAUGGAAUAAAGAAUAAAUAAAAAUUAAAUAUUGCUUAAUAA